AUGGCCCCAACAAUAACAUCUGCACUCUCCGAGUUCAUUACCGCCCUCACCAACGUGGCUGCUGGACUCGUCAAUUCCCUAUUAGCCGUCUUCGGUGCGAUCUUGGCACUGGGAACCAACACAGCGAAAGCAGUUCUUCAGUUUGCACAGAGUGUCUUGAAGCUCGGUACAGACCUUUGCCAGGGCGUAGUCGGAUUCGUAGCAGCCAAUUUCUUCGUCCUUGUUGUCCUUGGAGGGGUAUAUUACUGGUACACCAACCAGAACCAAAGAAGGGGAAAAGUCAAAUCAAGAUAG